AACUGGUGAGGACUCUGGGCGCCGCUGUUCACCAGUCUGAGAGAGAGAGGCAGCAUGCGCGCGCGCGCGCACACACACUCACACAUCCCCAAAGGGAAAAAAAAUAAAAAGCUUCUUAGAACCUCCAUCACCGCCAGAUUGAAAACAACCUCCCUGAAGCUUCUUUGACCCUACUUCUGGACCACUUUCCGCUCUGAAAUCUGAAAAUUCAGUUAAUUUGGGCUUAGAAGAACAGAGAAACAAUACCGUUGGUACCAGACUGGGAGAAAACUACCAAAGGAGAGAGCAAUGGUGAUUCGGGGGAAGCAGCCCAGCUGCAGUGAACUGUUCCUGCUGUGCCUUUUUCUGGGGCUGUUGUUGGAAGUUUGGGCCGGGAAGAUCCAAUACAUGGUGCCAGAAGAGACAGACAAAGCAUUCUUUGUGGGCAACAUCGCCAAAGACCUGGGGUUACAACCUCAGGAGCUCACGGAGCACAGAGUUCGCAUCAUCUCCAGAGGUAGGACGCAGCUUUUUGCUCUGAAUCAUCGAAGUGGCAGCUUGGUCACAGCGGGCAGGAUAGACCGGGAGGAGCUCUGUGCUCAGAGUGUGCGGUGUCUGGUGAGUUUUAACAUCUUGGUAGAGGAUAAAAUGAAGCUUUACCCUGUUGAAGUGGAAAUAAUUGAUAUUAAUGACAACACUCCCCAAUUUCAGUUAGAGGAAGUAGAAUUUAAAAUGAAUGAAAUAACUACUCCAGGUACCAGGAUCCCUCUGCCUUUUGGGCAAGACCUUGAUGUUGGUAUGAAUUCACUGCAGAACUACCAGCUAAGCUCCAACCCUCAUUUCUCCCUGGAUGUUCAGCAGGGAUCUGAUGGAUCCCGAUACCCAGAGAUGGUGCUACAGAGUCCCCUGGAUAGGGAAGAAGAAGCUGUGCACCACCUCGUCCUCACCGCCUCCGAUGGGGGCAACCCAGUCCGUUCAGGAACCCUCCGCAUUCAUGUUCAGGUGGUAGAUGCAAAUGACAACCCUCCAGCAUUUACUCAAGCACAGUACCACAUGAGUGUCCCGGAAAAUGUGCCACUGGGCACUCGGCUGCUUACGGUAAAAGCUACUGACCCAGAUGAAGGAGCCAAUGGGGAAGUAACGUACUCAUUUCACAAUAUAGACCAGAAAAUAUCUCAGAUAUUUCAAUUGGAUUCUGACACAGGAGAAAUAUCAAAUAAAGAAUCCCUGGAUUUUGAAGAAUACAAAAUUUAUCCAAUGGAAAUUCAAGCUCAGGAUGGUGCAGGCCUCAUGGCCAGAGCUAAGGUGCUAGUCAAAGUUCUGGACAUAAAUGAUAAUGCCCCAGAGGUAACCAUGACAUCUGUCACCACUGCAGUCCCAGAAAACUUUCCUCCUGGAACUAUCAUUGCUCUUAUCAGUGUGCAUGACCAAGACUCUGGAGACAAUGGUGACACUACAUGUUCCAUUCCUGAAAAUCUACCCUUUAAAUUAGAAAAGUUAGAUGAUAAUUAUUACCAUUUAGUGACAGAAAGAACACUGGACAGAGAACUUACCUCCAGGUACAACAUCACAGUAACAGCAACAGAUAAGGGAAUUCCAGCUCUAUCUACGGAAACCCACAUUUCACUGAAAGUGACAGAUAUCAACGACAACCCCCCUUGUUUUCCCCAGGAUUCCUACUCUAUCUUCAUUCCGGAAAACAAUCCCAGAGGUGCCUCCAUCUUCUCCUUGACAGCUCAGGAUGCUGACACCAAUGAGAAUGCACUAGUCACUUACUCCUUGGCAGAGGACACCAUUCAGGGGGCGCCUCUAUCCUCCUACAUUUCCAUCAACUCAGACACUGGCAUUUUAUAUGCCCUGCGAUCCUUCGAUUAUGAACAGUUCCGGGACCUUCAUCUGAGAGUGAUGGCGUAUGACAACGGGGAUCCCCGACUCAGCAGCAAUGUGUCGCUGAGCCUGUUUGUGCUGGACCAGAACGACAAUACGCCAGAAAUCCUGUACCCAGCGCUCCCCACCGACGGUUCCACAGGCGUGGAGCUGGCGCCCCGAUCCGCAGAGCCCGGAUACCUGGUGACCAAGGUGGUGGCGGUGGACAGAGACUCUGGCCAGAACGCUUGGCUGUCCUACCGUCUACUCAAGGCCAGCGAGCCAGGGCUCUUCACGGUGGGGCUGCACACGGGCGAGGUGCGCACUGCACGGGCCCUGCUGGACAGAGAUGCGCUCAAGCAGAGCCUGGUGGUGGCUGUGCAAGACCACGGCCAACCCCCUCUCUCGGCCACCGUCACGAUCACCGUGGCCGUAGCUGACAACAUCCCAGAUGUCCUGGCAGACCUGGGCAGUCUCGAGCCCUCAGCGGACCCUGCCUCCUCAGGCCUCACGCUGUACCUGGUGGUGGCGGUGGCUGCAGUCUCCUGCAUCUUUCUGGCCUUUGUGAUCGUGCUGCUGGGACUCAGGCUGAGGCGCUGGCACUCGUCCCGUCUGCUCCAGGCUGCGGGGGUUGGAUUGGCUGGCGUGCCCGCCUCGCACUUUGUGGGCGUGGACGGGGUGGGGGCUUUCCUGCAGACCUAUUCCCAGGAGGUCUCCCUCAGGGCUGACGCCCGGGAGAGUCACGUGAUCUUCCCCCAGCCCAACUAUGCCGACACGCUCCUCAGCCAGGAGAGCUGUGGGAAAAGCGAGCCUCUGCUGAUAACUCAGGAUUUACUUGAAGGCAAAAAGGAAGCAUUUUCUCAGGUAAACGUUUUGUAAAUUUAUCUAGGUAAAAAUAAUUACAGAGUUUACUUACCUUUCACUUUUUACUACUAACAGUUCUAUUUCCCACAUAGCUUUGUAGAUUUCUGUUUACAAAUUCUGGGAAAUUAUCAUUGUGUGUUUAUAUCCAGGUAUAAUUAUAAUUGCUAUUUCAUUGAAAAGGAAACUGUAAAUUAACUCUAAUGUAGGUGAUUGAGAUGAGUAUUGUGUGAGAUGCUAUGUUGGUUGUGGAAAGAGCACUGCAUCAGAAACAAGAAGAUCUGACUUUUAAUAUUUUCUUGCUUUCCUCUGGCCAAAUAAUCUUAUUUUUCUGAGUUUACCAUUCUCUUACCUGGCAAGGAUAGGGUUUAACUAUAAAAGAUCCAUCAAUAUUUAUGUGACUAAUAGUGUUUUCAAAUUUUUCUGUUACAAAUACUAAUUUGUCCCUAAAUUUAAUAUAGAUGUUGUCUGUCAAAGUGCUAUUUUAUUUGGGGAUGUUUGAAGAGGUAAAGAUUGUCUAAAGUAUAUUUUUAUCUGUGUUAGGAUUAAAUUAUACAAAUCUAUGUAAGUUGUAAAUUUUUGUUGACUAUCUUAGCCCUUUGCAUAGUCUGUUAUUUUUAGAUAUUUUAUGCAUGCUGAAGAAUACACUAGAUGUUUAAGUAACUUAUGAAAUGAGGUAAUAAAGUGAAUGAUGGAAAAUUUACUGUGCAACUUGAGAAAUAGUUUCAGAGCCUCCUAUCUUGUAUAUUAUGCCCAUGAUGGAAACAACUGACACAAACUAAGAAUAUAUUUCAUUUUAAUGUGUGUGUUAACUCUUCACAGGAAAUGUAUCAUAGAUGAGUAAGUCCAUCCUUUGAUAUACUUACUCUGCUCCAGUAAAUUAAAGAGAUGUGCCAAAUAUAAAAAGAAGAAAGCCAAAGCAUGGUAAGGCACAAAUAAAAGAUAAAUAUAUUAAUGGACCAAAGAUGGAAAAGAAAGUGGUGAGCCAGGCUAAAGCUGUGGAAAUUCUAGGCUUGGCUUAGAUGCAGACAUUGAAGAUCAACAGGUUGUUCCAGCACUAUAACAGGAACAAAGUGCUUUGGGCUAAACAAGGGACCUGAGCCACACAUACUACUUGAAUCUAAAAUAAGCAGUUCAGCCCCUGAGCUAGUUCAAAUUGGCUGCCUGCCAAUUCCUGUGGUGACAACUUUUUGCAACCUGCAGACCAAGGGAGAGAGGUAGAUCCAGAUGCUGGCUUCAGAAAAUGAACACUAAAUUUCUUAGACUUGAGUUGUAAUAUUCAUAGUAUUACAGCCGCACACCACUAAAAGACCUACUUAUGGCCUGGGACCUGGGAUAGAAUAAUUUCAAAACCAUUUGAGACAAAUCCCUGAACCCAGGAGGGAGGGAGAAUGGGAGAGAUAGUAGAAGAA